CUAGAUUUAUUUAUAGGUUUGGUUUCCGUAUUAAUAGCCAAUUUGUAGAUUAUCUAACUGCACUAAUGAAAUUCGAUGGAUCAACGUAAUCAAAAAUCUUUGCUGCCCGACUUUUCGGCAAAUGGGUUUUCCGGGCAGUUUAAUGGAAUUCCUCAUGGAAAUACCAACGCAAUUAUGUCAACAAUUCAGUCGUUGCAAAUGCACAGCAUGGGCAAUCAGUUGUUGCCUCAUGGCGAUCUCCAAACCGAUCUCCAAAAUCAGUUUCUUAUUGAGCAAUUCCAACUAAGAGCAAUGCAAUCGAUGUACAACACUUUUAACAACGGAAACCAGAAGCAACCUCAAGCAAGUCUUACAAUGUCGCAGUUCAACUCAAUGACUGGGAAUGAGCCAUCUACCUCAAGCAACGUGUUCUCCGCAUCCAUUCCAACUACUUCAGGAACACAAAUUAACGCAUCUCAACCUAUGAUUCCCACCACAUCAAUGCAUAAUCUCGCUGUUCAGAGCUCUAUGAUGCUCGAAAACAAACUAGGACAAAAUUUAAAUCUAAAAACUACCCAACUCGCACAAACGACCAUACCUCAGGCACAAGCUGCUGUUGAAGAUUGGAUGAAAAACAUUUGUGUGGAUUCUUUACUCGACCCGAAACAAGCAAAGACACCAUCAACAACACCAUCUGCACAAGUUUCAGCUGGAACCACAUUCAAUAGUACUCCAGCAGUAUCUUGUGCCACCCCACUGACGGCAACUGUAAGCCUGGCGACUAAACCUUCGGAACCAUCUGCUGCUUCGUCUAUGCCGACGUCUUCGGAAUCGGUGGACGCGACGAAAGGGGACGCGAUCGACUUUGAUGAUGAAGCGCAUGAUGAUGUAGACAAUAUUUUUGGAUUAUCACUUUCGGAAAGUGACGUGAGGUCCGGCUCGAUGUAUCGACGGCCCGAUUCGGCGGAUCGUGUUCAUAGUCCUAUUGAUUUUACGCCACCCGACUCUCCCCAAGCUGAACUGACAUUUGACGAAAUAUUUGGAAUAUCAGCACCAUCGACAUCUGCAAAAGCCGCCACCAAAGAAAAGCCAGUACCGAAACCAAGGAGUGAAAUGGUAUUUCAUGAUGUUCCAUCCACAAGUAAAGACGCUACUCCACAAAGAGUCCCGAAACCUGCUCCAACCGCUGCAUCAAAAGAAGAGGAUGACUUUGUCAACAACUUCGUUAAACCACAAAAUGUUCCUGUGUACAAACAAAAAGCUGCCCUCAUGUCCCUUGAAGCAAGAGAAAACGCUCGGAAAGAAGAUCCAAACUAUGAUGCUUUUGAGUUUGAGGAUGACGAUGAUUUCGUGUUUGGUGGGCCUUCGGCAGAUUUGAGGCGUGAGCCUGAGCUUACGAAGAAGAUUGAACAGAAGGCGAAAAGUGUAUACAUAACUGGAGUAGGGUUUUCAAUUCGAAAUGAUAAAGAAAAGGAGUAUAGUAGUAAGAAAUAUUAUUCCAAACCAUCAGCAACUCAUCAGCCGAAUUUCAAUGACACAAUUAAUGAGAAAGCAUUUUUCACGACAGCUGAUGAAAUUCGUGCUCAAAAAGAUCAGCAACUGGUUUGCGCAUUCUUAAAACCCGAACAAGUUACCAGCACAGAAUGCGUGAGGAAUAUGAGAAAAGUGACACGAGAAGAGCCAAUGCUUCCGAAAUUUAUAAUAAGGGUUGAGCAAGUGCAAAACCAGCAUGAAGAACCAAUGACUAGAAGGCGAUAUAAAAGAAAGAAGAACAAAAGUGAUAAUGACGACUCGGAUUUUGAAGAUGUGGCGUAUAGGAAGAGGAAAACGGCAAAGAAAGUUUACACAAUGCACAAAGAAAAUGAUCCCACUUUUCGACGAACUGUCUUGGACUUUUCAAUUGGUCCAUGCGUCUCUGAUGAAGAAAAGAAGCGCGUCAGCAUGUUUGGCCCGGCUGAAGGAAUUUUACCCAAAGGAACAUAUGUAAUAUGCAAAGCUGACAUGCUGAAAGAAGAUUGCGCUGUAUGGAGAGUUGACAAUCAGAAUUUACUUCAGAAGUUUCCUCCGUUUAGAGAUAGCAAAGCUAAUCGACUAGUCUAUCGCAGUAGUAGUACGUAUUCGGGAUGGUGCGAACAAAUCUCAUCACAAUACUUCCGGGUCGCUGUGAAAAUUAUCAAACAGACACGUUCCGAGACAACAGUGGAGCCCGAAGUCCCCCUUGCCGAACUGUUUCCGGCGUCCUCUGUGGAAUGGUUCAAGAAUCCUGGGACUGUGUUUUUUGAAGAAGAGACGAAGGUUGAGCCAAUAGACGAUGAUUCAAUUUUAACGGAGCCAAGACGAGUCUCCCUAAACACUCUUGUCAACGCGUACCUAACACAGGUGUUUACAAAAACCCACGUGGAAAGCCUCAUAGAUGAUAAAGAUUGGACCUAUUCUCGUUCAAUAGCAGAACUCGAAACCAACAACAAACAAUGCGAAGGGCUGAUCAAAAAACGCAUACCUGUCGAGCCGAAACACAAUCGAUGGAUUGCGAAAUACACUAGAUUGGCCAUAUCAAAAUCAUCAUUUCACUGCUUUACAAAGUGUCAGAUUUGCAAACGGAAAAAGCCGCGGAGAGUGAUUCACUUUUUCGACAAAACAUCUUGCAAUGAAAAACUGCUUGUGGAGAAUCUAUCAAGCGAUAUCCAUGAUGAAAAUGAAGACGAUGAAGAAUAUCCAAUUGUAUCUGAUGCGAUAUCGUGUGGUCGGUGUUCAAUGGCAGUUGACUUUCUUCACCGCAUGCAUCAUAUUAAAUUCCAUAUGCUUAGGAUAUGUGAGGAUAAGCUAGAAGAAAUUGGUACAUCUGAUAUCGACUUGACAUCCGAUAAGAUUGUGGAGAAAGCGAAAGCCGACAAAGUCUGGACGCUUGGUGUCAUUCAAAAAUAUUGCGAUUUAUGGGAUCAAGUCCGUUACGAGUUUCGCGAUGUGUAAUACUGUAAUAAACAAUUUGAACAACUUUUAUAACA